CAGCGAGCAGCCGGAUGGUUUAAAUCUCCGAAACCCACCUCGUUAGUUCGUAACGGGAGAGUCGCCAAGUUUAAAAGGCCCUAGUGGGUAACGUGUGUUCAACUAUAGUGAAAUAGAGGUAAAAUUUCGUUAAAUUCACGUGGAUUGUGUUCGCCAUGCCGCACCGAAUCUUCUACUCGGACAAGUAUUACGACGACAAGUAUGAGUACAGGCAUGUGAUGUUGCCCAAGGAUUUGUGCAAGCUUGUUCCCAAGACACAUCUUAUGUCUGAAACAGAAUGGCGAAGCCUUGGAGUACAGCAAAGCCAAGGCUGGGUGCAUUACAUGAUUCAUGAACCAGAGCCCCACAUUCUGCUCUUCCGCCGACUAAUAACCACCCCACCACCAAAGAUGGAGGAAGAUGAAGACAGUAGUUAAGAGUUAAGGAAGUCUUUGCUCUUUGCUCAUCAUGAGUGCCGGAAUGGCUGUGACUGCUGAUAAUGUAUUGAUCAAUAACUUUUUCAUUUGAUUUAGUCUUGAUAUUUGUCUUUGGUAGGUUUAUUUUUUAUUGACUUUUAGCAUACCCAGAAGAAUCUUUCUGAUAGUAUAGAAUGUAUAUAUAUAUAGUUGCUAAGGAUAUACAUGUUAUAACAAAUUUUAAGUAUUCAGUUCUUCCAUGUUUAUGUACUUUCUUACCUGAUCUGUCCCAAGUAAAGAUAUCUAAUAUUCAAAUACAUUUUUAUACUAAAA